AUGGGGGACAGUGUGUCCGCACUCUAUGCGAGUGGUAUGCACUGCGAAGGCGAGUUCACCGAGGGAGCCAAUGAAGAACCUCUUUUCCUACGCGAGUCGCGGAGAAGAAUCUACGCUGCAGUAUAUCGAUCAGACAAGACAUUAGCCGUCUUCUUUGGUCGUCCACCUAUGAUGGGCUGGAGAUAUAGCGAUCGGCGACAACAGCUGGACGUUAGCGAUGAGGCUAUCGCGUCGGAUGACCCCAAUUUACUCAACGAACAGCUCUCCAGGCUAGAUAGUGCGGGGUGGAAUAUGGAUAGAAGGACCUAUCCAGCUUCCUACAUCAGAGUGAGAUGCCAACUUGCCGUCUUCAAGGAGAGGCUCUUGGAGCAGAGUCUGGCUGGAGUAAAGGACAGCGAUGUAAUUCGGAAUAUCCAGGCGAUAUCAGCAGAAUGUACAGCAUGGUGGGAAGCGCUUCCAACACACCUUCGAUACGAAACCUACAGCGAAGAGGAGGCUUGGAUCGGCCUUGGUGCCGGCAUGACAGUACGUCUGAUUUCAGCGUACCUGGAAUACCUGCACCUGCUCUUCCAAACACAACGACUGCUUCACCGACAAACUCAACAAGCGCUUCCAGUAUUGUUGGAGAUUUCGCUAAAGUUGUUAUCCACGUCGCUUGUCUCGACCAAGCCAAAUAACAGGGUGUACGAAACUCGGCGGCACUUUCCCACGGUUGUACUAUUCUACUGCUUCCCCGCUGCUGGCUUGCUUGCCCUGGAGCUACGCAGAUGCACAAUCGAAGGCGUUUCACUCCCCAGCACCGUCACCCGUGCUGAUGUCAUCCGCAACUUAUCCGUCUUGACCUCCUGUCUUGAGUGGAUUGUACUGCCGGGUGAUGGCAAUUCCAAACUAUGUAGCGAGUUGAACAAGAUGCUAGCCAAGGUUCUUGACGAGGUACUGAACUACGAACCGCCUGUGAAUGGCGCACUGGGGAAUGGUGAAGAUCUUGCGGGAUCUGGCCAGGGUUUCUUCGAUAUGCCGACCAUUGACGGUCUGGAACCGAUUCCCACCCAGGCGGAAGAUUUUCUGGACUGGCUCCAUGAUGCGACGUGGAAUAAUCCGGAUCUUGACAAAGAAGAUCAUCUCACAGAAAUCAUAAUACAUAGCAAGCACAGCAUUCUUGCGUUCCCUGGCCUCAGCCUCCUCCUGCCUCUUGUUACUCUGGCUUGGGACCGCAUCGUUUGCUACCAGAGAAGUCUCGAACCCUUCGACACCACAGAGGAAGCAUCUUCCACCGUAUACGCCGGCGGCGUCGCUGCGUCCGCGUAUUGCGGCAAAGAGGAUGUCGAGGUGCGCGCGGCAGUGUUGGAAGGACUUUUCGACGACAUGGCUGAUUAUGAUCCUCGAUAG